AUGAGCACCCUUUCGACGUGCCCCUACUGCGGUGUUCAACUGGGGAUUUCCUCCAUGCGGGCGCACGUUGCCUUGUGUAAUAGCUGCGGCCCCAGCGGAGACAACAGUGACGGCAGGGCGGAAUCCAACGGGGCCCCGGCGCGCACUCGCACCUCGGACUCGUUUGUUCCUUCUACGCUUGAGGGGUCCUCCUGCGCCGAGGCGCUGAUUCCCUCGCGCGCCCCGAGCGACGGGAACGCCCCGCAGGUCUUUCAUUUGGACUUGCGAACCAGGCCAGGCGAAAGGGCAACCGCGAAUGAUGCGAAGCCGACGAUGGCCUUGUCGCAGUUAGGUCCCAAGCGGCGCUCUGGCCAGCGCCGCGGUUCCUGCUCACUCCCGCCUUCUUCUUGUCAGCGAAACGACGAACAACUGUCGACGGCGGGUGAAUCUGUGGGAACCGGGGCAUGCUCGUCGCCCUUUGGCACGUCGAACACGGAGCCGAGGAAGCGCGCAGAUAGUGCGUGGAAUGAGGAAUGCCUCAACGCAAAGGAGAGCGGGGGAGGCUUGGCGUCUUUGAAUGACCCGCAGCUGUUGGAACGCGUCUCCCGAUUGGAGUCGAUGAACAGAGAACUUUACGAGGCGUUGGCUGUUGAAAGAGACACGCAUGAAAGAUCAAGGGCGGCGCUGGAAGGUGCUCUUACUUUUCUUCGGGCUGAGUUGUCAACUCUCCAUGCGUUGGUGGUUGGCGCCGCAAAUAGUGCAGAGACGGCUCACUAUAACCUGGAGGAUAUUGAAACCCGACUAGAGAAACUUCCGACGGAGGAGGCGUUUCAGCGGUUAGAAGCAAAGGUGGAGGAUUUGUUUGUGUGGUCGCGCGCAGUGCGGCAGGGUACGCGUUUGCCGCAAUUGGCGUUUACGGGUGGCAAAAAUGAGAAAAACACCCUGGUGAACCUCUCUGCGAUGAACACUCCAGCCGACCCACGUGAAAUCGGUUGUAGUGCGGGCCGGGGCAAGGGCACCAGGAGCGAAGGACGAGAUGCUCCGGCAGGGACGCCGUUUCUGAGCAAGGACACAGGGGAGACGAUUGCGCACCUUCUCCAACAGCAGCCUGCGGCCUUGAUCCAUACAAGGGGUCCUGUGCCAGCGCCGGAGGUCUCAGCGGCCCUUCUUGGGAGCGGCUGA